AUGAUUCUUAGAUUUAGAUCUCCCGAUGGUAUGCAUCGCAUUGAGUGCGAAGAAUCGCAGAUUUAUGACACUGUUUUGAGCCAAUUAGCCCCAAAACUUAGCCCACAGGCGGAUUUGAACACUUUGAGAGUUGGCCUGAGAUCUAACGAGAUGAGACUGGCUCGCGAGAUCUGCGAUUUGAGCCUUGGUCAACUGGGCUUUAAACACGGGACGAUGUUGAAUUUGAGCUACGACAAAUCUAAAGAUGCGAAGCAGACCCCAAACCAGGGACAGACUCCAGAUACGGCGAAUCAAAGCGUGAAGAUCAACCCUUUUAAGCUUCUUGGUCCAGCUGAUGUUAAGGAACUGAGUGUAGAUGAAGAGCUCGAAAAAUUGGAUGGUUUGAUACCGAGAAAGCGAUCUUUUCUGUGCAGACAUGGUGAUAAAGGAAUGUGCGAAUAUUGCUGCCCUCUACCUCCAUGGGACCGUGAAUACCAAACUGAGCACAACAUUAAACACAUUUCAUUCCAUGCACACCUGAAACAGCUCAAUGAGCAGACCAACAAAAAGGGUAGUGGUGGUUCUUACAUCCCACCGCUUUCACAGCCCGAUUUCCGCAUAAACAAGAAGUGUCAGGGCGGACACGAGCCAUGGCCUAAGGGAAUAUGUUCUAAAUGCCAGCCAUCUGCCAUUACUCUUAAACAGCAGGAUUUCAGAAUGGUGGAUCAUGUUGAGUUUCAAAAAAGUGAGCUCAUUAACGAGUUUAUAGAUAGUUGGAGAACCACGGGAACGCAACGGUUCGGCUUCAUCUAUGGCCAAUAUGCUCCUUACAGUGCGACACCUUUAGGAAUUAUAGCCAAGGCGGAGGCUAUUUACGAGCCUCCUCAGCACGAUGAGGCAGAUGGUAUAACAAUGGAUAUGGAACUUGUCGAGCGCGAAAUGGCCAAGGUUGACGAAAUCGCCAAAGAAAUGGGCCUUCUGCGUAUUGGCAUGAUCUUUACAGACUUGACGGAUGCUGGGAAAGGCAACGGUUCCGUGCUCUGCAAGCGUCAUAAGGAUUCCUUUUUCUUAUCCUCUUUAGAAGUCAUAAUGGCAGCGAGACAACAACUCAAAAAACCCAAUGUAUGCAAGUUCAGCGAGCAGGGCAUUUAUUCAUCGAAAUUCGUCACUUGUGUCAUAUCGGGUAACAUCGAGGAAGAUAUUGACAUCUCCACUUAUCAAGUCUCCACCGAUGCCGAAGCGCUUGUACAAGCGGACAUGAUUACAGGCUCCACACAUCCCUCAAUGGCAUAUAUCAACGAUACGAAUGAAGACCGCUACGUACCAGAAAUGUUUUACAUGCGAAGAAACGAGUAUGGUCUUUUGGUCAAGGAAAACGCAAAACCGGCGUUCCCCGUGGACUAUCUGUUAGUUUCUCUGACGCACGGGUUCCCUACGGCCGAUGCCCCUUCAGUGCCCAAAUUUUCAAGUGUAACAGGGUUUCCUUGGGCUAACCGCCAGAUUCUUGGUCACUCUCAGGACUAUUCGCAACUUAAAGCAUAUUUGUACGAGGCUGCCACGUCAGGAGAUUUUCAUCUGUUACAACAAAAGCUGUCCAACUUCCACUUGUUGCUGUACAUCAAUUCCUUACAGAUUCUGGGGCCCCAAGAGUGGAAGUUACUGUGCAAAGCGGCCACGGCCGAAGACCAAAGCACCAUAUAUCAACUUAUUGACUCACCGGAAUGGCAAACUUUGAUCAUGAUCCUCCAGGAGUCUGCUUAG